AUCUACAAUGUGGGUGGGGAAAUGUGGGAAAAGAGGGAAAAGUGGGAAAAUUGAUUGGUUUGGUCACAGUGUGGCGGUGGGAAAAGUGGGUAAUCAGUUUAGUAAUUUUCUGUUAAAAUCAAUCUAUAGUUGAUUUUGUCACUUUUUUUCCUAUAAUGAUCAUUAUUAUUACGUACUUAGUGAUAAUUAAUUAAUACGAACAUUUCCAUAUAAUUUUUUUUUAAUUUGGAAAUAUUUUUUUUUCAUCACUAAUUAAGUAUGACAUCAUUAAUUUGGAAAAAUGGCCGUUGAAAAAUAUGGCCGUUAAAAGUGACCGUUGCAAAAUAUGGUUGUUGGUUAAAUCUGUCCGUUGGGGACAAAAACACAACUUUCCAAACAAGCUUUUGCUAAAAUCAGGAAAAAAAUUAAAAAAAAAAAAAGAAAAGAAAGGGUUGUCCUUUCCCAUCCUCCACUUCCUCCCACCAUUUGUCUCAUCUGGUGGGUUUUCCCACCCACUAAACCCACAAAACCCAUUUAAUUCCCUAUUCCUCCCCCACAUUGUGGUCACAUUUCCCCUUUUUCCCACAAAACCAACCCACAUUGUGGAUGGUCUUAUUAGGGUUAAUAGCAUUUUUUACCCUCUAUUAUUGUAAAUUAAUAAAUGUAUCCUUAUACUAAAUUUUUGCACAAAUAUACUUAGUGGCAGUGGCAGGAAUGGCAGUACUUAAGUUCAAAAAAAAAAAAAUGGUGAAGAAUGCUCUGUCCUCUCUCCUACGGAAAAUCGUGGGAACUGCAUACUUCCUCUUCCUCUCCAUUUGGUUUUCGAAGGAUGAAACCAUGGAGAGCUCAACAGGAUGGGCAAGCUGGGCGAGAAAAAGCUUGGAAGAGUUAUGGGGCAAGGUGGAGGCGGUGUUCAGGCGGAACAAGGGCCCUAUGAUGCGCACAGCGGCGAAGAAACGUUGGCUGGAAGACGCACGGGGUGGGGUAAUUGCGAUGAUGAAUACUGGGUUUGGCCAGUGCGGAAAACCUCCUUCGGAGGGUGGUGAUCUGAGUAGGGAUCAUGAAAAUGAAACGGUGAUGUCAAUGGGCAAGUUUGCCACUGGUGGUCAGAGACUAACAAGGAAUUGGAGCCGAAGCGGUGAUCGGCGAACGGAACCGACGCGCGGCGAGGAAGAGCACGGAAUCGAGCUGACGUGGAGUUGUUGGCGGCAAAUCCGGAGUACCCGAUUUGAAGGGGAUUUAAAUAAUAUUGAUAAUAUUAAUUUCGACAUCCGUAAGAGGAUUUAUUUGACUAAUAAUUGGUUAAGCGGUUGGGAUGGGGAUAAUUCCCAAGACCCGAAUCUGGCAGUUCAAACUUUAACCCCCUGGAUUAUCCUCACGAAACCGAUCGGGUUUCCUUCUUGGGGUCGAAGUCUUGGGGGGACUUUAAAUCUGUUUGAGUACUACAACAACCUCUGCAUUCAAAAAACUUUCAAGGGGUGGUUGGUUGAUAGUUUACAACGAAUUCGGUUGGACCAAGGGCUGAGUGAGGCGAGCUUUCUUUCUAGCUGUCUUGCUCCUCGGACGGAAAUCGCCGAACAGCGGCAGAUAGAAACAAUGGCAGAACAAAAUAUUUGCCAGGACCAGAUCGUGGAGUUCUCCACUGAUGAUGUAGCUGUGAGUAUGCAGAGGGCGAAAAUGAGCCUCCUUGGGAGACUAUUCAUUGAGAACAGGCCGAGUCUGGCGGUCAUUCACAAGAUUGUUACUGGUGCUUGGGAAUGCAGGAAGAAAGUUCAGGUGAUGGAGGCGGAGAUGGGGCUGCUGCAAUUUCUGUUCGACGACACGGAGGACAUGGAAUGGGUGCUCAAGCGCACGCCGUGGCCAGUCAAGGACCGGGUGUUGCAUCUCCAACGCUGGUCACCGGUUUCGGAAGAGGUUUUUGACUCCCUUGGUUUCGUACCAUUCUCGGUCCAGAUGUGGGGGAUCCCCUCCCACUGCCGCACGAUCGCAUUCGGUCGAAGGGUGGCGGAAUCGAAGUUGGGUGAGGUCCUGGAUGUUGGCCUGUUUGGAAUCAAAGGGGAGUCUGACCAGUUCCUCAAAGCCAGAGUGAAAAUCAAUGUGCUUCAGCCGCUGCGGUCACAAAUUUGGGCUAGCAAUGAGGUCGCCGGCAAAUUCUGGGUGACCUUUGCUUACGAAUUCCUUCCCCUGUUCUGCUUCCACUGCGGGCGGUUGGGGCACAUGGAGCGCAAUUGUGUGUUUCCAGAUCCAAGUGGUGAAGAAAGAUUUAGCCAGGAGAUGGUGACUACGGAGGUGGGCUUUCGGCUGAAGGAAGAUACCCUCAAACCUGCCCAAUUCAACCCUCCGCCGCUCCCGCAGUCUGUGUGGGUAAAUCCGAAAACCAAAGGGAAGGUGGCGGUGGGGUCGGCGACUGAUCGGGGCGACAAGCGGAUGAGUGAGUCCAAGAGCCUCGGGCGGGAGGUGGUGCUGGCGUUACCGGCAGAAGGUGACCGCGUCGGGAAAGGGGGGCAGGGGGUUUGGAGCCGCGAAGGGAAUAGGCAGGGUGGGGUCGGGGGGAGUCAGAAGGGAGGACGGGGUGCUCGUGUGGAGGAGAGGGAGCCGAUGGAGCCCCGGUCAAAGAAGCAGAGGGAGGCUGUUGGGCGGGGCGCAGGUGAGCGUGGUAAUCAAUUGGUGGAAGGAGGGGGCCGGCCGGAGGUGGGAUUGAAGGGGCGGGGAGAUGGUGGGAAGUCAGGGGGGCAGGGAGGAUUGAAGAAGGAGGGGGGAGUUCUGGCGGGGAGGGGUGCGAUAAGGGAAAAAGAGAAGGGGCUGGGUAAAAGGGGAAAGUUGGAGACGGAAGGGCAGGGUGCGGCUGGGCUACCAGACGGGGGAAGCAAAGGGAAGGAGAAGAAAGGGGACUCACCAAAAUCCCCACUUGUUGGGGCUGGGGAUGCGGGUGAGGCGGUAGCACAGGUGGGGUUGCAAUCGGAAAAGGUGGAUAAGAAUGAGGUGGUCGCGGGAGUGGUGGAGGAAGGGGAGAAGCCGGAAGUUUUAGAUGCCGAACCAAAAGUGACGGACGAAUACGGGACCAAUUUCCCCAAGCUGUCGGAGGUGUUCAGGAUGGCGAUUGCGGAAGACGAACUGGUAGAGAGAAAGAGAUCGGUGGAGAUGGUGGAGGAUCUUGCGCAGGAUCCAACACCCACGAAGAAACUGUGCGCUGAAAAUCCGAACAAGGAGGACAAAGAAAUGGUGGAGGUAGCCAGCCCGAAAUGGCCCCAGUUGGAUAAAUGAGACUCCUGUCUUGGAACGUGCGUGGGAUUGGGCCGUCCCUAACGUUCCAAUCGUUGUUAGGCUUAAUUAGAGUCAAUAAUCCGGAUUUGGUGUUCUUGUCGGAGACCAGGUCUCGUCGAAAAGUUGUUAAGCGUCGUAUGCGUGGGUUGGGGUUUGAUUUAGAGUCGUGUUUUCUUGUCGAUGCCGUGGAUUCUUCUGGCGGCCUAGUUGUAGGGUGGUCCCCGAGCAUUUGUGCUACGGUGUUAUGUAGUUCGUCAUUUUUUAUUUCAAUUCGGAUUAAUAAUAUGGAUGUUCCGUA